AUGCACAUUCACCCACCUCCGCUCCAUCGCCGCCCCUCCGCGCCCGGUCUGCACGACACCCUCCGCUCCGGCCUCGCGCCCAACCCCCUCGACACCGUCGCCCCCAAGUCCUCCUCUUCUUCUGCUUCAGCCUCAUCCCUCCCCAUCUCAUCCCACCCCUUGGAAUCGCGUCUCAAGCAAUGGGAAGCCACGCGCGAAGCGCUUCGUAUGGAAACCCUCCGUCGCACCUUUGGCAUGGCGGAGCCUAUCCGUCGGCAGAUGGAGCUGAAGAUUGUCCGGGACGGAGAAUGGAAGCCGUUGGCUUUGGGGGGCAGCCAGGGCGUGAUGGGCGGUAUGGGGAAUGUGCAUGAGGAGAUUCUGAUGGGUAGGGAUGGGGAUAUUACGUGGGAGGAUGUCUAUAGUGGUGAGGAUUCGAGGGUGGAGGUGUCCGUGCAGGAGGAGAUGGAGAGGAAGUUGAGGAUUUCGGCUUAA